UAUGUCUAAUAACUAUGGCAACCCUUAUUUAUAAACAAGUCCUUACAAAAAUAACUUAGUUGCUAUUAUAGAUUAUAAUAAUUUGUAUGAUAAUACUGGAGAUUAUAAACCUGGAGAAUUCCGACCAUCAACAUAUAAUAAUACACCAUAUGAUUUUAAAUUUAAUGAUUUAUAAUAUUAGCCUAGAGUUGAAAGCACUACUCAAUCGAAUAUGUAAGAUUAGCUAUUAUUUUAAAUAGAGUAUUAUAAUAGAAUCAAUAAAAACCAGGAUAACCAGCAUGUCAAAUCUUUUGA